AAUCAACUUACACCACUUCUUACCCCAAUGUCAUCAUCAACAAUCAAAUUCUCACUCUCAACGAGCUCAAAGCAUCCUCCUUCCGCAUCAUCCUCAUCAGCAGCAUCCAAACCAACAGCAAACAAACAAAAAUCAAAAUCAGUUCUAAAUCGGUUUAAUGAUGAAGACGACGAUGCUGAUGAACAAGAACCUAAACACGCUCAAAAUAACUUACAAAAUCAAAAGAACAAGAAGAAAUCGAAUACCUUGAUGCCAGUCGUUCCAACCUCAAGCUCCAAAUUAUCCCGACAACAGAAACUUGCGCAGGAAGAAGCCACUAAAUUAGAUUCUACAAUCUUCGAAUACGAUCAAGUGUAUGACCUCAUGAAGCUUGCCGACAACAAAGCUAAACUAGAAAAGGAACAGAAAGGAGCCGAAAGAAAACCACAAUAUAUAUCCGGAUUGAUCGAAACAGCCAAGCAGAGGAAGAUAGAUCGAGUUCGAGCGGAAGAUAAGAUGGUCCAACGCGAAAGAGAAUUAGAAGGAGAAGAAUUUGCGAACAAGGAUGAAUUCGUGACCCCGGCUUAUUUGCAACAACAGAAGGAACUGCGCGAAGCUGAAGAGGCCGAAAAGCUGAAAGCGGAACAGACGCCCAAUAAGCAAGUGAUGACGACUUUCUAUCAGAAUAUCCUAGAAGAAGAGUCGAAGCGACACGAAGCAGCCGUCAAAGCAGUAGCUGCAGCGGCAGCGACGACCAAAAAACCAUCAUCAAGCGCCAUCUCCCUAGGUCUAUCUGCUACGCUCUCGAACGCCAAUCAAAAUUCUGCCCAAAACUCUCAACAACCACAAUACGAUCCCGAGCCCGAAGCCGUGCCAAGCGAGACCAAGUUGGCAGCCGAGAUUGGAAAAAAGUUGGGCAGAAAGGUCGAUCUGGAUGAUGAAGGACGGAUCGUCGAUCACCGACAACUGCUCACCGGCGGAUUGAAUAUCGGACCACCCAAGCUUGUGGGCCCCCAACAGCCCAAAAAGAUCGGCUUUGCUUUGCCAAUCGCCGAACGAAGAGCUCAAGAAGAACGAGAGAAAGAGGCCAACAGAAAGAGUAAAGAAGAUCAAGACGCGGAUCUCGAUGAAGAGGAUGGUUUGACUCAAGCUGAGAAAAUUAAACUCUCAAGAGAGAGACAAUCUAACUUGUUACAACAACAACUACUCGAAUUGGAAAAUAAGAAACGCAAAGCUGAGGAGGAUUCUAGAUUAGAGAACCUGAAGAAAGUCGCUAAACGAAACGAUGAAUCUAGGAUCGAAUUCCUCAAACAACAGGCUUUGAAACGGAGACAGGAACGACAAGCUGCACUCAAGGAAUCCGAAACUCAAGCUCAAUCAUCUUGAUCGCACAAUAUAUGUUUUGUUGUUGUUGUCUUACUUUUGUUACUUCAUUAUUUUUGUCAGCACUUUGAGACGUAAUGGUAUGUUGAGAAGAUUUCCAAUUGUACGCAAUAAGAAGAAUUGCAUCUCCAAUUGAAAUUAAAGCAAAAUUUGUACUUUUUUCACAACCCCUGUUCCCUCCGUGCCUUCUCCAUCUUGUGCUCUAGCUCAAGCUCUACGCAAGUCUCACUGCUGACAGCCCAACAGGGCUUUUUUUUU